UUUAAUUGUAUAGAUAUUUAUGCCUAGUCAUUUGCUUCAACUCAUGUCCUUAAUUUGUAUUUUCUGUCAUGGUUGUUCCAUUUCCAUUUGAAACAUUCACUUGAGGUUUUUCUUUACCUUUAAUGAAUCAAAUUUUUACUUCUUGACUCUUGUGAAUUCUCCAAACUUGUGAGCUGUGCUUGAGUCUGAUGUGGAUGAAAUUCACACUGACUUAUUUUCUUCAGAACUGGCUUAUGCUUGAGCAUUCCUCCGUAAAGUAACUGAAAUAUAUAGUUUGUAUUAUUUAAUGAAGUAUUAGAGUCUUUAAAGUGGUGUGCGUAAGUCCCUCAGACCAACAAAUGUGUUUUUAAAAACUGUACAUGCUAGUAUGGCCAUUUCCUUUAAUGCUAUUAUCUGAGUGAACAUAAGCAGCAAUUAUAUUCAACACCCUUUUAAAGCACUGAAGAAUUUAUAAGCCACUGUGCAUAGGAAUAAAAUUGUUGCCAAUUUUUUUUUUUAAUGAAAAGUGAUACUAUUAGUGAUACUUAAUCUGUGUUGUCUCUGUUCAAUCACAGGCAAAUGGUAUCUUGAUAAAAUAAAUAACUUCACAAUUCCUGAGUUUGCUUUCCCUUUGCCUGUGGUAUUUGUUUUAACUUUUACAUCUUAACUGCACAUUAAUCGUAAAUAGCACACCCAUAGGUUGGCUGUAAUUGUAGGAGUUGUGAUGUUCAGAUGUUACAUUUUGGUAGCUUUAGAGUACCUAUGUUAUGCUUCUGACCGAUCUGUAGGAUUCAUUGUGAAAAUAGCGUUAAGGCUAAGCAAAAGUCUCAACUAUAGGUGUUAUCUUUUUUUAAAAUUCAGCAUUUUUUUUUUUUUUAAUUUGCUCUUGGUUUACUGGGACAGAAGCCUGGAGCUGGUUAUCUCAGGCUAGUAAUUCAGUGUUGAGUUAGUAUAUGGAGGUAGGGAUCCUAUGGAUUUUGUGAUAAUGAAAAAUUUUAUAAAAUAUAGAUGGUGCAUAACUCAAUGUAUCAUUGGGUGAAUAGUUUUCCUAAUUUGUAUCAUAAUAUGUAUCAAAGAUGAAUCUCAAUAUGAGACGUUUUGACCUGUCUAUUGUGAUCUUAUACAAAAGAAUAUUUUCAAAAGAGCAUAUCAGCUGCACGGGGAGGCAAAAAACGCACGGCAUCUUACUGAAAACUUCUAUCUGCCAGAGCAAAUGUGUGUUACAAUAUGAGGAUUUUAUUUAUGUGUUAAUGUUUCUUUUUAUCUAUAACACUUUGUACAUUUCAUUGUUAAGAGUUUAUCUGUUUGCGCUUGUGGAAGCCGUGUAUGAAUAAAUGCAUAUAUCUAUCGACUCUUUGGUUUGUUGGAGCAUGGUUGGAGCCUGAACCUGAAAAGCCAAGUCUUCGUUUGAAGUCGGGGUUGGUCUCGGGCUCGGUGUUGGUACACCUGCUUGCCGCCGGGCAGAGGCGUGAGAGAGGUUGGAGGAUAGCCACGUGAAAAUUGGCACUUCGUCCACAGAACUGUUAUUCUUGUUUCUUUCCGUACUGAUAUGGAUCAAAACCGAGGAGCGAGGGGGACUAAAGACGGCCAUGGAAUCGAGCUGCUGUCAAAAUACCACCAGGAGAACGUGGCACGACUCGAGAGGGCUGCUAGGGAGAGGUGCAUGCUGGCGGGAUCGCUGGUCACGAAGCAGGUGUCGCAGAGGGCCGCCCUGGAGGUGGAACGAGCCCAACUGGCGGCACUCAGGCUCAAGCUCUCCAGGUCCGCGGCCGCGGCGGAAGGGCCCGGGCGGCCCGCGACCCGCGACGCCUCCACCCAGACGGAGGACGACGCGGACCUGGUGCUGCGCACAGAGGCGGCGCGUCUCAGGGCCGAGCGGGACCGGCUGCGCGAGAAGACUCGCGGCAUGGCCAAGAACACCGCCAGCAGAGUGGAGCUGCUCAUGAAGCGCAAUGCCUUCCUUCUUGCGAAGAAGCAGCGCGACCUGCAGCGCGCCAGCACGGAGCGCGCGGCCCAGGAGCAGCGCGUGCGGCAGCUCCAGGAGCGCCUGGCCGGCUUGCGAGCCGGGCGCAACUAACUUAGCGUGGAGAUUAGCGGUGCACCAUAAACGUCUCACGCUUC